AUGGCUCAUGGUAUUGCGCUGAUCACAAUCAACGCUAUCGUCUGCGUUUUGGGAUCACUUGGAAACUUGCUUGUUUGUUUGGCCAUUGCUACAAAUUCUCGCCUACGCCGAAACUCCAACUACCUUCUAUUCAGCUUAGCGAUCGCUGAUCUAAUCGUCACUUUGAUAUGCGAGCCACUCUUUAUCGAAGCCAUCAUCCAGAGAACAUUCUUGUACGAUUGCAAAGCGGGCCUGGACAUUGUGCUCUCCACUUUAAGCUAUCUUUCAUGUGCCACCUCAGUCUUACAUAUGGUGGCUAUCAGUCUUGAUCGUUUUGUUGCCGUUGCGUUCCCACUGAGACACAAAAACUUCAUGGAGAAAUGCGGACUUAAGGUUAUGCUUAUAGUAUCCUGGUCAAUUCCGGGUUUUAAGGUGAUUCUUCUUCUCGUUUUUUGGCGUGCCAUUCCGUCGGCUUAUUAUUCAGCGAGCCCAUUUCUCUUAUUUGGCACCUUUGUCUUCAGCUAUUUCUUAAUUUCCUUUUUCUACUUUCUGAUCGUGGUAUUUCUGCUGCGUCACAAGAGGAAAAGAAAGAAACUCAGCAGAGCUCGAAACGUUUCUUUGAAACUGACUUCCCGCAUAGAGGUUCGUGUUUCUUGUGCGCUGGCUAUCGCAAUCGGUAUUUUCUCCGCUUGCUGGGUACCCGUGAUAACUAUAAUGAUUGCCACAAUGACUGGAAAACCACUAACAAGGCCAAACGGCCCUUUGGACUUGUGCCUUCGAACCCUGGCUCUGUCAAACUCAGCCAUGAACUUUCUGAUCUACUCUGCUAAAAUCCGGGACUUCAAAGAGGCAUACGUUGAUAUCUUUCGAAAGUUGUUCCGCUUGUAGAGUUGUGGAAUUUUGCUACUUGUUUCAAGAAAUUUGAAGUCAGUUUGAAGUCGCAGUUGAUCCUAAUGCAUGGCUACUUCUGGUGAGGAAAAACUGUCAUCUACAUGUGUGUGUUCAUAUAGACAGGAAGACAGGGCAGUUUGGAUUUUGUCCAACUAAACCUGCUGGCUUCCGUUCAAGACCAAGACGUCCUUUGACCAAUACGGAAGUAAUCAUGAAAAUUAAGUUAAAUGUACGGACUGGUCAAAUUUUAAGUAGAAGGCGAUGAAAACCUUGUAAACUCUAAAUCACAACAUUGCGUAAGCAAAUUUUGAAAUUAAUGCUAGCCACCGAACAGGGACGGCGAAAUGUCUCUUAUCAUUUUAAAGAAAAUGUGUUUCGUUUAAAUAUAUAAUAGUGACCUUUGGAUUCUAACACGAGUACGACUACAAGUACGAGAUUUUCUCUCUACUAACUGGUGCUCGCGGGUAAGGCACCUUCGUCAUUCUACUACAGGUUUUAGCGAGAAUGUUGAGGUCAUCCAAUAUUCGAAGUUUUAUCAUUUUCCGAUCAGGAGAGGGUUUAACCUCCUUCAAUAAAGAUAAUAGUGCCAACGUUUCUGGCGAAAAUUGUACACUGAAGCUUCCCGGAGUGUCUAUUUUUUUUUUUUUAGAAUUCGCGAAAAGUCAAACCUCGUCCUCGAAUCUAAACUAGCCCAUUUUACAGUUUCAGGAGGAAACGAGGCUGGAGUGGACCUUGUUUUGAUACAGCCCUUCCUGCUUUAUUAUGCAAAUCAUAUUUUUCUUAUGCUAACUUGUAUUGUUUUAAGCAAAAUUUACAUUAGAAAAGGGAAGGAGGUUUGUAUCAAAACAAGGAUAACCUCACAUUCACUCAAACGCUAGGACACUCAGCCCAUAACUUUAAAAUGGUCUAUUUUUGACGCAACGCAAGUGAUUUGAUCUUGACCUGAGCAGAUUUGUAAGAAAAUAAGGCUGGACUUCAAAUUACUAAAGCAAUACAAUAUCUUGAUAAUAAUGAUGGAGAUUUUAACAACAACAACAACAACCUUGUAACAACAACUACAGUAUUUACAAUAACGAUGGCGAUGUCAAAUGACUAAAUAAUAUGACGAUUUAGAAGUAGCGCAUCUUUUAGUGAUUCUUCAUCUACCUGAUUCCUGGUCGAAUUGGUAUUUGCAAAUGUUUUUUGAGGAGAGGGGGAAAUCGAUUUAGUAUAUUUGUAAGAGAAAAUUUGUAAGAGAAAACCGUCGUAGGUAUAGAGUGCCCAUGGUAUGUCGAUGGUACAGGUUGUCAAUCAAUCAAUCAAUCAAUAAACUUUAUAAUGGGAGCUUAAAUGUCACAUCGUGAGUUCACGAUUAUAGAAGCUCGGUUGAUGUAAUUAUUUAUUAAUAUUAUUUUUCAAUUAAGAUAUAUCGUUUUUAGAUAACUAACUACCUAGACAACUAACUUGUCGGAUAUUGUCAAACGGUUUUGUGGUGGUGGAGAAAAAAUUGGUGGAUAUUAGCAAAGGGUUCUUCGGUGGUGGAUAAAAACCUAAAAACUAUACCGUCCCACUUCUCAACAUACUCCUUAAGAACGCUACAGUAACCCCGUUGUAGCUUGACUGACAAGGUACACAGUAAACAAAAGAAGUUGUGAGAAACGUUUUGCUGGGGGUUUAUAAUAACACAUUAGCUAUACUCCCAUGAUCUUGUUUUAUGGCAGAUACAUUAUGGACAUCUCAAUGUCUCUUGAUGUGCAUUUACAUAUUCUGUUAAAGUGUUUAAUCAAAAUGCCUUUACUUGCCUUUUCAAACGGAAGUAAGUGUUACAAAUUACCUACAAUCGGCGACAAAAUUGUUGAGACAUUGUACUCAAACAGGGUAACUUCAGCGAAAAAAAUAAUCCACUCCCCUCCCCUCCCCUCCAUUCAAAGUAGGGGUGUUUGUUGUUUUCUACUGGUAGCUCGAACAGGGGCACAACAUUGCAUGGAGGGGAUGGGGAGGAAGAUUUAUUUUCCUCUUUUAAUUUCGGUGAAACGCCAGAAAGCCCCAUUAAGGCGAAGUGUCUAAACUACGUUUGUAGCAGAUUGUAGCCUUGCUUCCUUGCUUGUUAACUUUCUCAUCGCCUAUUCCACAAAGGAUACCUGGCGACAACAAAUCCUUCUACUGUGUAAUGGAUAAUUUUGUUCAUUUUAAAUCAAGCGCUUAUUCACAGACUACAAGGGAUAUCUGGUGAAAAACAACUCCACAACUGCAAGAGAUAAUUAUGCUUCGGAUAUUUCAUUUUCAGAGUAAAAUGUCUGCUGAGCUGUCUCAUUUUCUUGAAGAACACGUUUGUCCUUAGGAGUAAAGACUACCGGAUCGCGAACCAAAAGAAGCAACAAUAAGUGAAAUUAGUGAAGGAUCUCGAACGGACAUAUUGUUUAUAGGCAUGAAAAAACUCUACGAGAUUUAGUCAGCAAAUAUAAUAAAUCAAAGACCAUAUCAUUUGAAUUAAUAAUCCUUUUUAGAACUCCAAUAUUGAUAUUUUGCUUUUGUUGAUAACCUGACUUAUCUUUUCCUUCUUCGAAAGCUAAGAGGAUGUCUUUUUAUAUACGUCAGUUAUCUUCAGUAUAGGUCCUUCGAACUUAGCAUAAGAGUGGGCGUGAAAAACAGAUAUAUUUUUAACUUACAACAAAUUUGGAGUCAUCUUAUAGUUAAAGCACUGUUAGUAAUAGACGAAGAAGGAGACACAUGCAAUACAGCCUUUGCGAAAUCCAGAGCCCCAUACCAAAGUACAACUGAACAUGAAUGUUUCACUGAAAACUACAAAAGACUGUUCUCUUCCCCUGUAUCAAGGUAUUGCUUUGAUGACAGCCAACGCCAUUGUGUGCGUAUUUGGUUCACUCGGCAACUUACUAGUUUGCUUUGCCAUUGCCACAAAUCCUCGACUUCGUCGAUGCUCAAACUACCUUCUGUUCAGCUUAGCCGUUGCAGAUUUGAUCGUCACCUUAGUAUGUGAGCCCCUCCUUUUGGAAAUGUUCUACAAUCGAACAUUUGUUCACGAGUGCAAACCAAGCCUGGAAAGACUGUAUUCUAUUUUAGCCAAUCUCUCCUGCUCCGCUUCCGUGGUUCAUUUGGCCUGUAUUAGUGUAGAUCGAUUUAUCGCCGUUGUGUUUCCUCUGCACCACCAAAUCGUUAUGAAGAGAUGUGGGUUAAAGAUUAUGUUGAUAGCAUCUUGGGCAUUCCCAAUUUCAGUACCCAUUCUAAUGGUUGUUCUCCCACCUUCCUUUCCCAAAGGGUUCUUGGCGAUUGCUUCAUUUGCCUUCAGCUAUUUUGUUGUCAUUUUCUCAUAUCUUUUGAUUAUGGUGUUCUUGCUCAUCCACAAGGGAAAAAGGAAGCGGCUACGGGCUCGGGCAGUUUCUGUUGAUCCUUCACCACACAUGGAGAUCCGUGUUGCCUGCACGCUGGCCAUUGUCAUCGGCGUUUUCACGGCUUGUUGGGUCCCGGUAAUGACCGCAUUGUUUGCUGCCGGUAAAUCAUUGAUGAAGCGAAACGGCGCUCUACACAUGUGGCUCCGGACCUUGGCUCUGUCGAACUCAGCCAUGAAUUUUCUGAUUUACUCUGCAAGAAUCCGUGACUUUAAAGACUCAUACGCCGCUAUCUUUCGAAAGAUGUGCCGUCUGUAGAGUUUGUUGCGAACCUAACUGAUAAAUUCUUGCAUGAUGUCGCCAAUAUGUACAUGACAUUCUUUAAGGUGCAGAAGUUCUCGAUUCCUUUGCUAUGUCAUUAAAAUAACUUUAAUUACUUAGCAGGAUUUACAAUAACAACUCCUUACAAGGCUAUUUUCUCAUUUUACACGUUUAUACUCAGAGUAUUAAUUGCCCUUGGCAGUUCAACAUACAGUAUUCCUGAAUAAACAUGUCCAAUUUAGAGCAAUUUUGCCGCUUUACCUUAUUUUGUUUUCAGUUUAUUGAGUAUCGCUCGCAGUUAUAACAGAUAAAGACCUUGAGGUAUUUGCUAUUGAUCUGGAGGACUCGUGAACGCAGUACUAACUCUAAUUCAGGGUGAGUCAGUAAAAAUGACUGAUGCAAUACAUGAUUAUAAUGAAUGAUGCUAAUUUAAUGGGGAUAUUGAUCGAAAAAAGAUGAUGGCAAAAACAAUCCAUCCAGAUUAAAGUUAAGAAUAAGUGCUACUUUUUUAUGAUGGUUUUUGUGGCCGGUAGAAUUAGUUUCGGAUCAGUCAUGGUCUGCUCUGUGAGGUAAAUAAAAAAUACUUAGAGAAAAUAUUGUUAGCAAGGUAAUACUAAUAUUAUGCAGCCCUUGUAGUUGUCAAUCUGGCUGAUUUAAGUGCAGUGUUCUUAUCAAUUGACCUUGUGAGAGUUUCAGAAUGUAAGUUUCUUUCUUACGUCAACAGACUGUAUACGGGUAUUUCGACAUAUCUAGUCAAUUAGUAAAACCCAACUGGUCUAUUAUCAAUGCUGCGUUCUGAAUGGUUGAGCUAUUACUAGGCUAUAUGUUAUAGCCCACUAGUAGUGAAAAGCGCCGGCUUUGAAAACCAAAACAAUGGCGGCUGAAUCGCGUUUUGCUGGCUAGAGUUGUUUUGUCUUGAUAUUUUUGACCAAAUAGUUAGAUUUUACUAAAACAAUUAUUCCUUGAGCCCGAAUGGGCUUUGAGGCAAUAGCCCAUGAGGCCGAAGGCCUCAUGGGCUAUUGACUCACAGGCCAUGAGGGCGAGAGGAAUAAUUGCUAAAUAACUUACCUACAUAAGUGCCUAUGAUAUACGAGGUAAAAAAGGCAAUGCUGUGUUUGAGACUUGCAGAGCACCAGCCCAAGCCGGACGUGCCCAAUGAACGUUCCAUUGGCAAACAGAAACGGUUGUCCUCUACCAAUGGCGCACAGUAUUCCACUAAUCACGAUCAACACUAUCGUAUGCGUUUUGGGAUAA